UGAGGCAUGAGUCUUGUGAGCUUAUGAAGAUAACAACAUAAUAUAAUACUUGUUUCUCUCUCUCCAAAAUCUCCAUAUAUAAAUAGAGAUUCACUCUCACAUAUUUAUAUUGAUCAUGAAUGAAUAAAUAUAAACAAAAUCUCUUCUUCUACUCUUAUAGUCUCUUGGGCAUAUACAUAUAUAUAUACACAUAUAUAUAUAUAUAUACAUAUAUAUAUAUAUAUUAUAGUAGUGAAAUAUGGGAAGAGGCAGAGCACCUUGUUGUGAUAAGAGCCAAGUGAAAAGAGGUCCAUGGAGCCCUGCUGAGGAUUUGAGACUCAUCACUUUCAUACAAAAAAAUGGCCAUGAAAAUUGGAGAGCUCUCCCCAAACAAGCUGGGUUACUUAGAUGUGGAAAAAGUUGUCGUUUGAGAUGGAUUAAUUAUCUAAGGCCUGAUGUUAAACGAGGGAAUUUCUCUAAUGAAGAAGAGGAAGCCAUUAUCAAGUUACAUGAAACCUUAGGAAACAAGUGGUCGAAAAUUGCAUCCCAUUUUCCGGGAAGAACAGACAAUGAGAUUAAGAAUGUGUGGAACACUCACUUGAAAAAGAGAUUGUCCUCAUCAUCAAAAGAUGGUGAUAAUCAACCUAACCCUAAUAAUAGUAACGGAGAUGAUGAUGAUCGUGAUCAACAAAAGGAAGAAUACUCCUCCAUAACAUCUUCUUCCUCAUCUUCAUGUAGUACUACUACUUUGUCUAGCGGUAACAAGAGAAGUAAUACUGGUACCAGUAGUGUUCAGCAACAAAUAAUCAACCUCGAAUCAGUACUCCCUAAGAGGCCUCGAAUCGAUGAAGUGGAUAAGGGUACUAGAAUUGUUGAUCAAAAGGAAAUCGAAGACAAAAAUGAGGCAAAAAAUGAAAAAGUAUUGGUCAUGAUGACAAGUACAACUACUUCUUCUACUUCAUCUUAUGAUUCAUCAAAUGUGUCAAAUAAUGAUCAAGUUAUUAAGACUUCAUCAAAACUUGAUGAUCAUCAAGAAGAAGAUCAAGAUGACAUGGAUUUGCUAUUUAGUGGGCUAUUACAAGAAGAAGUGAAUAAACCUGAGGUAGAUUAUUAUUAUAGUGAUAAUAUUAAUCAACCUAUUCCAUUGGAGACUGACCUUGAUUUUUGGAACAUGUUAGAUAAUUUAGGCACAACUUUGCAGCCUAAUCAAAAUCAUAUUAUUAACAAUAAUAAUGACACUAAUAAUAAUAAUGAAGUGGUGCAAUUAGUACAAGGCUCUCAUGAGGCUGCAAUAGUGGAUAUUAAUAAUAUUGGUGAUGAACAAUUAUUAACUCAUCAUAAUCAUAAUUAUGAGAUUAAUGAUACCAAGAAGUGGUUUAGAUACUUGGAGAAUGAGCUUGGUUUAGAGGUUGGAGGAGAAAACGACACAAUUCAAGAUGUACGACAAGAAGUUGAUGAUAUUUUUCAUCAAUAUCAUCAUCAUCAUGACAUAAUAGAAGCUCAAUUAGAUUAUGGUCAUCCCAAUUUGUAACAAAAUUAGAUUAAUUUACAUAAAUCAUUAUUAAUUAGUACUAUAGUAUUUUAUUAUAUAUAUAGAGAAAGAAAAAGAGAGAGAUAGAUGGUGAUGAUAAUUUUUAGUGUAGACUUUUUUAAAUUAGGUUCAUAUAUAUUAUUAUGAUAUAUGAUGUAAUGAUGGAUAUUUUGAUUGAUAUAAUGUCCAAUCCAUUGCCAUUAAUUCA